AUGAUGCAAUCUAGAUUAGGUAGAUUGACUACUUUGUCCUGUGACACUAACAACCAAUUGAGAAGAACUGCCAUCAUUGGUACCAUUGGUCCAAAGACCAACAACCCAGAAACCUUGGUUGCUUUGAGAAAGGCUGGUUUGAACGUUGUUAGAAUGAACUUCUCUCACGGUUCUUACGAAUACCACCAAUCUGUCAUUGACAACGCCAGAAAAUCUGAAGAAUUAUACCCAGGUAGACCAUUGGCUAUUGCUUUAGACACCAAGGGUCCAGAAAUCAGAAUGGGUACCCCGUCAAGAAGUUGGCUUCCCAUCCCACCCAAACCCGGAAUGAUUUUCCCUACCGAUGACAAAAUUGCCAAGGCUUGGGAUGACAAGAUCAUUUUCGUCGACUACAAGAACAUCCCCAAGGUUAUCUCCAAGGGUAAGAUCAUCUACGUCGAUGACGGUGUUUUGUCUUUCGAAGUUUUGGAAGUCGUUGACAACCAAACCUUGAAGGUUAAGUCCAUGAACGCUGGUAAGAUCUGUUCCCACAAGGGUGUUAACUUACCAGGUACCGAUGUCGAUUUACCAGCUUUGUCUGAAAAGGACGCUGCUGAUUUGAAAUUCGGUGUCAAGAACGGUGUUCACAUGGUCUUCGCUUCUUUCAUCAGAACCGCUCAAGAUGUCUUACACAUCAGAGAAGUUUUAGGUGAAGAAGGUAAGGACAUCAAGAUCAUCUGUAAGAUUGAAAACCAACAAGGUGUUAACAACUUCGAUGAAAUCUUGAAGGUCACUGACGGUGUUAUGGUUGCUAGAGGUGAUUUAGGUAUUGAAAUCCCAGCUCCAGAAGUCUUAGCUGUCCAAAAGAAAUUGAUUGCUAAGUGUAACUUGGCCGGUAAGCCAGUUAUCUGUGCUACCCAAAUGUUGGAAUCUAUGACUUACAACCCAAGACCAACCAGAGCUGAAGUUUCUGAUGUCGGUAACGCUAUCUUGGAUGGUGCUGACUGUGUCAUGUUGUCCGGUGAAACCGCUAAAGGUAACUACCCAAUUAACGCUGUUACCACCAUGGCUGAAACUGCUUUGAUUGCUGAAUUAGCCAUCGCUUACUUGCCAAACUACGAUGACUUGAGAAACUGUACUCCAAAGCCAACUUCUACCACUGAAACUGUUGCUGCUUCCGCUGUCGCUGCUGUUUUCGAACAAAAGGCUAAGGCUAUCAUUGUCUUGUCUACCUCCGGUACUACCGCCAGAUUGGUUUCUAAGUACAGACCAGACUGUCCAAUUAUCUUGGUUACCAGAAACCCAAGAGCUGCUAGAUUCUCUCACUUGUACAGAGGUGUCUUCCCAUUCGUCUUCGAAAAGGCUGAAGGUUCUGACUGGACUCAAGAUGUUGACGAACGUUUGAAGUUCGGUAUGCAAAAGGCUAAGGACAUGGGUGUCUUGGCUGACGGUGAUGCUGUUGUUACCGUUCAAGGUUUCAAGAGUGGUGAAGGUCACUCUAACACCAUGAGAGUUACCAUUGUUUAA